AUGCUUUGGGCUUCCCCGCCGCUGCUGCUGCAUCUCUCAGUAGAGAGACAGGAACGCGGAUAUCCGUCUUUCAGCAUCGCGGACGCUUGCCUAUCGCCGCUCAUGAUGGAGAGGAGUCGCCGUCCGCUCUUCGCCGCCCCUCUGCAGCGUCACACGAGUAAAUGUGGGUUAUCCCACACUUCCGAGGCCCUGGCAAGCCUGGAGCAGCUGGAGCUGAAGGAAGCUGAAGACCCAAGAGGAUAUUGUUAUGGUGGUUAUCACCCCGUGCAGAUAGGCGACACAUUUAAUAGAAGGUACAAGGUGCUCUCGAAGCUCGGCUGGGGUUAUUUCUCCACCGUGUGGCUCUGUCUGGAUCUCAGUUUUGGUCGUCGCGUUGCUGUGAAGGUUCUGAAGAGCGGAGCUGGUUUCGCUCAGGCGGGACAGGAUGAACUUGCCCUCUUAAGAUGUACCGCUGGGUCCUCCAGAAGGCAUCCGCACAGUGAGAAGAUAGUUCAGCUGCAGGAUGAGUUCAAGCUGGCCGGAGUCAAUGGAGUUCACAUAUGUCUUGUAUUGGAGCUACUGGGACCAGACCUCAGGAGCUUGCAGAUGCACUUUAAGAAUCGGCGACUCUUUCAGCCUUGUGUCAAACAAAUACUCAUUCAGGUGCUGCAAGGUUUGGAUUACCUUCACAGUCAGUGUAAAAUAAUCCACACAGACAUCAAGCCAGAGAACAUUCUGCUGUGCAUGAACCAGCAGUCCAACGAUCAACCAGUGGGUGGCAGCAGUGUGUCCAGGCUACCGACUGAGGAUGAGGCUCAGCCCGAAGAAAAAGAAGAGGCUACUCCCUACGUGUUCACUGAAGCUACAGUGAAGAUUGCUGACCUGGGGAGUUCCUGUUGGGUGUACAAACAUUUCUGUGGGGAGAUCCAGACUCGUCAGUACCGUUCAUUGGAGGUCCUACUUGGGUCCAAGUACGGCCCGCCAGCAGACAUCUGGAGCGUCGCCUGCAUGGCCUUUGAGUUGCUUACUGGAGACUCUCUGUUUGAACCCAAAGCCGGCGCCUCCUUCUCCCUGGAAGAAGAUCAUAUAGCCCAGAUCAUGGAGCUGCUGGGUAAAAUACCACCAACUGUAGUUUUUUCUGGGAAAUAUUCGUCACAGUACUUCAGCCACAGAGGUGACCUCCAGCACGUCGGACCGUUAAGGAUCUGGAGACUCUACGACAUUCUGGUGGAAAAAUACCACUUCCUCUUGGACGAAGCCUCCACUUUCUCGGACUUGUUACUGCACAUGUUGGAUUAUUAUCCGGAGAGGAGAGCCACCGCUGCACGGUGCCUCCUUCACCCUUGGCUCACCUCCUGAUGUGACCUCCUUAAGGCCUCUGCAGGUUACUCAUAAUAGCGGAUUGUAACGGUAACCAUAGACCAAAUGUUAUGUUUUGCACUAGUAACCGACUUACUAGAGGGCUUAAGAUGCAAAUGUACACAAAUCCACGUGAAGUCUGACCCAGUUUAGUAACACCGUUUCAAUCGUUUUUCAUGACUUCAUUGAAAAAAAACCCAAGAAAUUGGGAGGUGCUUUAUUUCUAUUACAGUGUUGUGUGCGGAGCAACGCACUACAACAAAUAACAUGCAUGCUAU